AUGAGAGCUUUCCGAUUCGCCAAUGCCGCCGAGGGGCUCAAACUAUGCGACUUGCCAGUACCUGAGCCCAGUGAAGGGUUCGCGCUUAUCCAAACCAAAGCAGCUGGUCUCUGUCAUUCAGACACACAUGUCUUACACGGCGGCGGAGAGGCUUGGAUGUGCAACCUGCCCAUCACUUUGGGGCAUGAAGUGUCAGGGGUUAUUGCCAAGUUGGGUGAUGAAUCCUCCCCUUUUCAAGUCAAUGAUCGUGUGGCAGUGGCCUGUGUCGGGCACCCCAUUGAGGAACGAAACUUCUCGGAAUGCCUUGGUGUUGGAGUCGACGGAGGAUAUGCCGAGUACGCCGUUGCGCCGUUCAAAUACCUGGUUAAGAUCCCAGAUGGUGUCGACUUUCCCGAAGCUGCCGUGGCCACUGAUUCCAUUGCAACAGCCUUUCAUGCUGUUGUCACAGAGGGUGGUGUCAACAAAAGCAAUAUAUCCAAAGUAUCUACGGUUGCGGUUAUCGGUUUGGGGGGGCUGGGGCUGAAUGGCGUCGCCAUCGCAGCUUUAUCAGGCGCUAAAAUUUACGGAGUCGAUAUCAAUACGUCCAAGUUUGACCAAGCUCGCUGCGUUGGUGCUUUUGCAUGUGCUACAAGCUUGUCCGACUUCCCAGGCGUAACAUUCGAUGUUAUUCUCGAUUUUGUUGGUGCACAGAAGACGGUCGAAACGGCAGUAUCAAUCGUCAGGGAUGGUGGCACUAUAGUUCUGGUUGGGUUGGCUUCGUCGCGUAUUCAACUACCAACUGCGGAUAUAGUUACCAGAAAUCUCUCACUAAAAGGGUCAACCAGCGCAAGCAUUGAUGAAUUCGUUGAGGUUUUGGAACUGCUAAGUUCUAAAGCCUUGACGCCACAGAUUCGAGAGAUUCCCUUUGAGGAAGUUCCCAGUGCCCUUGAGUCACUGAGUCACGGCGAAGUCACUGGUCGCCUUUAUACUAGACCUUGA